UUCUAUGUUUCUUCUCAUUUAUUACCAGAUUCUCAGAUUUUGGUUUUUGUGUCCCCUCUCAUUGCCCUCCAGUCAUUGUCUCCACCUUUACCCUUCCCCUUCCCUCACUCGGCUCCAUCUAUCUUCUUCCUUCUCUGCAGAGAUGCUGAUGCUGCCUGUUAGUAACAGGGGCUGCGGAGUUGGAUGCACCAGAAAUCAAGGUGUCGGAGUCGGGUGUUUUGGGCAUCGACUCCACAGCCCUGCUUCUGAAGCAUCACUUCAUGGGUCCAUAUUCUACACACAUGCCUGCAUAUUGAAAGACACACGUGGAGAGUAGGUUUAAACAGUGGGGGUAUGACUGGAUCAUUUCACAAGACGUUUUGAACGUGAGCCCUGAGGUACCAUCGGGCCCUUCUAAAGGCACAGUUGAAAUGUUUAUAUUCAAAUCUAACUUAGUUGUUUGUUGUUCUCCUAUGCAGGUAUACGUUGCUGCGAUGCCUGGGUACUCCAGUAAUGCAUGCCAACCAAAAGAGUAUAAAUAUAAGGACAUUUGUUGUCCAGAAUGUCUCCCAGGUUCUCGAGUACAAGAACACUGCACACCAGAUUCUGGAACAACCUGUCAGAACUGUAGUCAUGGUACCUAUCAACCUUAUUACACUGGGUCCAAGGAUUGCGUUAAUUGUGCCAUCUGUGGCGAAGGAGCCGAGGAAAUCAAGGCGUGUUCUUCUACGCACAACUCUGUUUGCAACUGCAUGGAAGGACACUACUGCGUGCGUAACAUCACCAAGAACAGUUGUGCGAGAUGUUUGAAACAUACGAGCUGCCUGGCAACAGAAAUGGUAGUCAGCAAAGGAACUUACUGGACAGACACCGAGUGUCGUCCAUGUGCAGAACGCAACUGUUCACCCAGCGAUUUGCGUCAAAAUGGGAAAACUGGCAUUGUGAAUGGGGGCACUGCUGGGAAUGUGAUGCAUCAAAAUGCCAUGAUCAUAUUAUUAGUCAUGUUCUUUACGAGCCAAUUUUUUUUACAAUAUUUUAUUUAUUAGAAGUUAUUACAUUACAUGUACAUAAGCCAAGAAUAAUAUAAUAUAUUUCCUGUGCCACUUCUUAUUUUAAACCUUAAAAAAAAAACAAAGGAAAAUUCUUAAGGGGUUGGACAGGCUAGAUGCAGGAAGAUUGUUCCCGAUGUUGGGGAAGUCCAGGACAAGGGGCCAUACAUAGUUUAAGGAUAAGAGGGAAGUCUUUUAGGACCGAGAUGAGAAAAUUAUGCUGGAGAUAGGCAACGUUUCGUCCCAAAACCCUUCUUCAGACCCGAAAUCCUGAAGGAAAUAGGCAACGUUUUGGGCCGAAACCCUUCCGAAUGGCCUAUUCCGACCAGCGAUCCCCGCACACACUUGCACUACCCAACAUUUUUUUUAACUCAGGGAAAAAAGGGUGGUGCCACCGGGCCCAUCGCACACACCUUUGGACGGCCAUGUUCACGUUAAACUCCAUCGUGUAUAGUUUUUAUUUGUGUGGCUGUAUGGUAACUCAAAUCUCACUGUACCAAGUUGUGCAUAUUGUCUUUAAUAAUUCUUUAAAAUGGCACCUUGCACUUUGAAAAUAAAUGGAACUUGAACUUGGCAGUAUCUGUUGUAAGUUUAUUCUUCGCCAA